GUUGGUGUUCUUCCUAAUACUAUCAAAUUCAAUCAACUUCAAGGCCGAAAAGCUUAUAUGAAAUAUUUGGAUAAUAUUUACAAGCAGAGUGACAUAUCAUGGUUUACUCCAGUGGAGAUUUUUAAGUUGUCUGCAAUGUAGUCAGGGUCGAGAUUUUAAGUAGGACUGGUAGGCUGGUGAAAGAUCGUAGACACGAGGGUCGUAACUCGUAACACGAUUCGUAUAUAGGAUCAAUAGGCUGUUGAUAGAGUUGAAGGUUGAAAGAUGAAACAGAGGAACCAUGACAAAAACAGAGAAAACCAGCCCAACUCGUUUUUUUAUACUGUCAUGAGCAAAAAUAGAGGAAACAGAGAAAGCAGAAGAAAAACAGAGCAAAAACAAUCCUAUGCAAAAUCGACACGUAUGGUCAUACGAUCCUACGACCCGGCACUUGACCCUGAUUACAUUGGUUGUCUGUAUGAUGAUAUUUAUAUUAACUGCAGACAGAAUGCCUUGGUAUGCCCAUGCUAUUGCUGAAGCCAUCAUGCGCACUGCAAAUUUCUCUGUUCCUCUGAAAAUUUAUGAAAUUGGUGGUGGAUCAGGAACAUGUGCCAAGGGUAUAAUGGAUUACAUAAUGUUGAAUGCUCCUCCAAAAGUUUAUAACAGUAUGACUUACACCUCAGUUGAGAUUAGCCCUUCACUUGCUGAGGUGCAAAAAGAAACAGUUGGUGAAGUGCGUAGCCAUAUUCCGAAGUUCAGGGUAGAAUGUCGCGAUGCUGCUGACCGGAGUGGAUGGGGGGAUGUGGAGCAACAACCAUGUUGGGUAAUAAUGCUUGAGGUACUUGAUAAUCUUCCGCAUGAUGCUGUCUAUUCAGAGAGUCAAAUCUCCCCAUGGAUGGAAGUCUGGGUUGAGAAACAGCAUGACCGAGAAACACUCAGUGAGUUAUACAAGCCAUUGCAAGACUCACUUGUUACACGUUGUGUUGAGAUCAUGGACUUGGAUAAAACCAAAACAACACAAAGCAGUGCAGCAUCAAUACUUAAAAGUAUUUGGUCUAAAGUUUACCCAAAACCACGUAGAUGUUGGCUGCCAACUGGUUGCUUGAAAUUACUUGAUGUUCUCCAUGAGGUGCUACCAAAGAUGUCUUUGAUUGCUUCUGAUUUCAGCUACCUACCAGAUGUGAAGAUACCCGGUGAACGAGCCCCGUUGGUUUCAACUAAAAAAGAUGGGAGAAGCACAGAUUACCAAGAUUAUAUGCAGGCUAAGGGUGAUGCUGAUAUCUUUUUUCCUACAGACUUCUGGCUUUUAGAACAGAUUGAUCAUUAUUGUUCUGGGUGGUUAAAACUUCAAGACGAUCAAUCAUCGAAAAAAGGAAAGAAAAGGAGAACAAUAACGCUGGAAACAUCAGCUUUCAUGGAAGAGUUUGGUUUGCCGACAAAAACAAUAACCAAAGAUGGAUACAACCCACUCUUGGAUGACUUCAAGAAUACCAAAUUUUAUCUGAGUGUCCCCACUCACAAUACUAAGUAGAUGAUCAAUAGAUUCAACCCAAGUAGCAUUGACAAGGUUCACAAGUUUUUUUUUUUUUAUAUUUAAGAAUCGCAGGCUUGUUGUCAAGAUUAGAUUGUUGAGUUACGAGAAUAUAAGCAUUUCAUGAUUUGAGCAUAAAUUAUAUUUCCAGGCAUAACAACAUGUAGUUAUCUACUGGCAAUUUUCCCUUUGACAUUUGACCCCCCUUUCUUAAUCCCGAUAAAUUGUGUAAUUUAUUUGAAAGAUAGAACAUUGUGAAAAUAAACACAAGUGAAUAUCAUUAUCUCGAUUCCUUGUAUA